AUGAAAACUGUUAUUAUUACGCUGCUUUUCGCCCUAGGGGCCUCUGCUGAGCCUCCUCAAACUCUAGACAGCUUGUGUUCUUAUUUGGAUGAAGGAAAGGACACAGUUUCCAAUCUGGGCAACACCAAAAAAUGUUUUGCUCGCUAUUUACCGGAGUUGGAAAACCAAGGAGCUACUUGGUCGCAGGGAUACAGUGCCUGCCAAAAAAGUGCCACCAAUGAACGACAGUCACUGCUAACGGAUGCUACUGAGGCUCAGGAAAAUAUCAGAGAAACUGCCUUAAACAUGAGUUCCUAUAUUGACCAGUGUUUGUCAUUGACAGAAUCCCUGGACUUUUUCAACUGCUUUGCCAGAAUGACCAAACUACAGUUAACCAAUGUCUAUAAUAUUUCAUUUAAUGCCGCCGAGCAGGCGCUGAUCCUAAAUAAGAAAUUGAGUAGCAUUGAAAUGGAGCACUACCUAUGCACAAAUCAAACCGAACAUAAUUAUGUCCAAGGAACCGAUAAUAUAUUCAAAUCGUUGGAUGAGUGUCUACAACAGAAUGAAACGCCCUAG